AUGCCUUUCGGUUUAGUCUCAGCAUGGAACAAGCGCCGAAGAAGCAAGCCCCAGGAUCAUACUGACCCUUGGAUUUAUAAACCAGUAGAGUACUGGCAAAUUGAGGAUCAAACAUCCAGACCCUCGAAGAGACGCCAUGGAUCAUCAGUUUUCACACUCAAGGAGAUGGAGGUGGCAACAUGCUCUUUCAGUGAUGAGAAUCUGCUUGGAAAAGGAGGAUUUGGCGGAGUCUACAAGGGCUCCCUGCGAUCAGGAGAGGUUGUUGCAAUCAAGAAGAUGGAGUUGCCGUCAUUCAAAGAAGCCGAAGGAGAAGAUGAGUUCCGCGUAGAAGUUGAUAUCUUGAGCAGACUUGACCAUCCAAAUCUGGUUUCGUUGAUAGGUUAUUGUGCAGAUGGGAAGCACCGGUUUCUAGUCUAUGAAUACAUGCAAAAAGGGAAACUACAAGAUCACUUAAAUGGUCGGUUUUCUACUCAAAUCUGUUUCCAGACCAGUUGCUCACCUAUUCAACAUCUAUCAAAGUUAAACUGCUCCAUUAGGGGACUUGCUUAUCUCCACUCUAGUUCUGCUGUUGGAGUCCCUAUAGUUCACAGAGAUUUUAAGUCCACCAAUGUUCUUCUAAAUGCCAACUUUGAAGCAAAGAUAUCGGAUUUUGGACUAGCCAAACUGCUGCCAGAGGGUCAGGAGACUUCUGUUACUGCCAGAUUUCUCGGCACAUUUGGCUAUUUUGAUCCUGAGUAUACAUCGACUGGAAAACUAACAUUACAAAGUGAUGUUUAUGCAUUUAGAGUGGUUCUUCUAGAGCUAUUAACAGCAGGGAUUUAA